UCACCAUUGAAUAUUGCAGGGUUCAUUUUCGUCUGCUAAAUUUUUUGCGGUAAAAUCAAAAGAUGUUUCGUUUCAUUAUGUUUCAGAUUUUUGAACUUCCAGACAGCAAUGUCUCCUCUAUGAGUUUGAAGUUAAUGAUCUAAAUAUGGUGAAAAAGAAGACAAAACCUCUAAAGAAGGGAAGAAAACGUGCUUUGAAAGAGGAUGUGCAUGCCACCACCAGCUUACCGCCCUCGGUCGACGGCCAGCUGAGAUGCUUCCUGAGGGUCAGCAUCAGCAAGAUUGUGUGGCAGAUUGCCAAACCCCCUGACACAACCCACGUCAGACUGCGAUGGUGGGGCGAGACCUCGGAGGGGAGUAUAUUCAGACCAUUGGAUGUCAAGAACCCACAGAAGGUCGCUACCAGAACUGUAGCCAGAUACCCAGUCAGAUGUGGGCCCAAGCAGUUUGCUGCCUACCUCAAUGAUAUGGGGAGGCUCAUUCUGGAGGUCUUGAAGGGACCCAGCAUGUCAUCCAUCGGCAAGGCCCAGAUCAAUGAAAUCGGGCACCUUGCACCUCAAGUGCCUAUCCAUGGGUUUUACUCCGUGUUCUCCAAUAAGUCAGCGGACAAAAUAGCAGAGCUGCAUGUUUCUCUGGUGUUUGAACCUUUACCGGCUGCUUAUGAUAGCUCCAGCUCCAUACCCACCACAGACCUGAGCGUUGCCACUGCAGGGACAGGCACGACCGCUGAGUCCGGCUCAGUCCGGACCGGCCCACCGCUACCAGCCCCAAGACCACGAAAAGUCAUGUCCAGUUCCAGCGACGACCCGUUUAUGUCACCAAUACCAAAGGUGCCACACCAUGUGAGACACACGGACACGCAACAGACCAUCACACCACGGGGAGUGGACGAAGACUACAGCUUUGUUGUCGGGCCUGGAAAGACGGAUAAACCCUCCGAUCAAAAGAAAUAUCAAAUUGGCUCCGACGCAGAAACGGGGUUCCAAACGGCUGCUUCUGCCCAUGAUGCAGUGAUGAAAGUUCCUAGUUCGGAUACUGACCACACAAGAUCUAGCGAAGUUGAAACACUCAUAGGACGAAAUAGAGAGAAGGCAAUGAAGGAAAUCUCGGAACCUGCGUCCGUGAGGAGACAACACCGCCUGGAUCCGUCCAGCCAGCCAGGCAGCGACCUGAUCUCGGCACUGCUGGAUCGGGGCACCAAGCUGAGGGACAACAUGAUCAGAUCAGAGCUGGACAGGGGCGCGUCGGCCGUGAGGGGAGGGUCCCAUGGAAGACCUGAGAGGAUACAGGGAGAUACACCAGUGGAUGGGGUUGAUACAAGGGAAUACGUGAAAUCAGUGAGAAGGUACGCCGUUUGA